GUUUGGUCAGCCUGGGGACUCCGGCUCUGUCUCUAACUGUCAUCUUCGUUUUCUGGUUCUCCUCGCUGGGGCAGCUUUUCCUUUCUGUCUAACGGUGAUCGGCUCAGCUUAGCCGCCUCCCUCUCUAUUCCAGCCACCAUGAUCCCUGACAAGACCCCUGUUGAGAAAGACGUCUAUCACCCUGCUUCUGAAGUUAGCAAUGGAGCUCAUAUCUCGAAUUUCCAAAAGUACAAGGAUCUUUACUUACAGUCCGUACAGAACCCGGAAGAGUUCUGGGGGAAAAUUGCGAAAGAAUUUUACUGGAAAACUCCCAAAACUGGCAGUUUCUUCGAUUAUAACUUUGAUGGCGCAAAAGGCAAAAUUUACAUCAAAUGGAUGGAAGGUGCGACCACCAACAUAUGUUACAAUAUGUUGGAUAGAAAUGUCAAGGAGAAAAACCUGGGGGAUAAAAUUGCAUUUUACUGGGAGGGGAAUGAACCUGGAGAUUGUAUGCAGAUAACUUACAAAGAACUGUUGCAGCAGGUCUGCAAAUUUGCCAAUGUCCUGCAAUGUCAUGGAGUGAAGAAAGGAGACAGAGUUUCAAUCUACAUGCCGAUGAUCAUAGAAUUGGUUGUUGCCAUGUUAGCUUGCACCAGAAUAGGAGCAAUACAUUCCAUUGUGUUUGCAGGAUUUUCUGCGGAAUCUCUGUGUGAACGAAUUCUGGAUUCUUACUGUUCUCUGCUAGUUACAGCAGAUGGAUUUUACAGAGGGGAUAAGCUUGUAAACUUGAAACAGCUGGCUGAUGAAGCACUCGAGCAGUGCAGAGAGAGGAACUUCCCUGUUGGAAAAUGUAUUGUUGUAAAGCACUUGGGAGCCACUGAAGCUGCAGAAGAAAGUUGUGUAAAUACAGCUUCAACUGAUGCACAAUCACCACCUGCAAAACGAUCCUGUUAUAACAUGCAGGAUAAGGACAAUGUGAAAGCAAAGAAUGUUCAUCAUAAGACUCCAUGGAAUGUAGAUGUUGACCUCUGGUGGCAUGAUUUAAUGAAGGAAGCCUGUGAUGAGUGUGAACCUGAAUGGUGUGACUCUGAAACUCCUCUGUUUAUCCUUUAUACUAGUGGAUCGACUGGAAAACCAAAGGGUGUGCAGCACACAGUUGGAGGCUAUCUUCUUUAUACUGCUACAACCUUUAAGUAUGUGUUUGACUACAAACCUGAUGAUGUGUAUUGGUGUACUGCUGAUAUAGGGUGGAUUACAGGCCACUCAUACCUUGUUUAUGGACCUCUAGCCAAUGGUGCUACAAGUGUUAUGUUUGAAGGUGUACCGACUUACCCUGAUAUAAGUAGAUUCUGGGAGAUUAUUGACAAAUACAAAGUGACAAAAUUCUACACUGCACCCACAGCUAUUCGAUUGCUAAUGAAAUAUGGAGAAGAACCAGUCAGAAGGUUUAGAAGAGAGUCCUUGAAAAUCCUUGGCACAGUGGGAGAAGCAAUAAACCCAGAGGCCUGGCUUUGGUACUAUAAUGUAGUGGGGAACAGGAAAUGUCCAAUUAUGGAUACCUUUUGGCAGACUGAGACUGUAAGUUUUCUUUUAAAAACUGUACAGGUGCAAUUUAAAAUCUCAGAACUGAUGGUGUAAAAGCAAGUUUAUAAA